CACUGCCCAGUGCCUAAAAUUUUCUAUGUCCAGUUAACUGUUGGCAACAGUGAGUUUUUUGGUGAAGGAAAGACUCGUCAAGCUGCUAGACAUAACGCUGCAAUGAAGGCCCUUCAAGCUCUCCAGAAUGAGCCUAUUCCAGAAAAAUUACCUCAGAAUGGAGAAAUGGGAAAAGAAUCAGAAGAAGAUAAAGAUGCAAACAAGUCUGAAAUCAGUGUAGUGUUUGAAAUUGCUUUGAAGCGCAAUAUACCUGUUAGUUUUGAGGUGAUUAAAGAAAGUGGACCUCCUCACAUGAAGAGCUUUGUUACACGAGUUACAGUAGGUGAAUUCACUGCAGAAGGAGAAGGCAACAGUAAGAAACUCUCAAAGAAACGUGCAGCAAUGUCUGUCCUACAAGAACUUAAGAAACUUCCUCCUCUUCCUGUGGUUGAAAAGCCAAAACUUUACUUUAAAAAACGUCCAAAAACAAUAUUGAAGACUGGACCAGAAUAUGGUCAAGGAAUGAAUCCCAUCAGUCGCCUGGCUCAGAUCCAACAGGCCAAGAAGGAGAAGGAGCCAGAGUAUGUUCUUCUUUCAGAGAGAGGAAUGCCUCGCCGUCGAGAGUUUGUUAUGCAGGUAAAAGUAGGCAAUGAGAUUACUACUGGAACAGGCCCAAACAAGAAAAUAGCUAAAAGAAAUGCAGCAGAAGCAAUGUUGCUACAGCUGGGUUACAAAGCUUCUACUCCUCUUCAAGACCAGCCAGAAAAGCUUGGAGAAAACAAGAGUUGGAAUGGCCAGAAUGUUGGGUUUCCUGAGCCAACAAGUAACACACCAAAGGGAAUACUCCAUCUCUCUCCUGAUGUUUAUCAAGAGAUGGAAGCAAGCCGCAACAAAUCAGCCCCUGGUACCACUGUAAGCUAUUUGUCGUCCAAAGAAAUGAGCCAGACUUCCAGCUCUUUCUUCAGCAUAUCUCCUACAACAAAUAGCACAGCUACGAUUGCCAGGGAACUUCUCAUGAAUGGAACAUCCCCAACUGCCGAAGCCAUAGGUCUAAAAGGAAUUUCUCCUGCUUCCCCCUGCUCUGCAGUGCAGCCUUCAAAACAGCUGGAGUAUUUGGCAAGGAUUCAAGGCUUUCAGGUACACUACAGUGAUAGACAAAAUGGCAAAGAGUGUAUGACCUGUUUGACACUGUCUCCUGUGCAGAUGACUUUCCAAGGUAUCGGAAGCUCCAUUGAAGCCAGCCAUGACCAGGCAGCGUUAAGUGCCUUGAAACAGUUUUCAGAACAAGGACUGGAUCCAGUGGAAGGGGCUAUGAAAGUUGAAAAUGGAUCACAUGAAAAACAAGUCAAGCAUCUGGGAGAGAAAGCAGACAAUAAACAGACUAACUCAGGCACCAUUGCUCAGGACUGCAAGGAUUCAAAGGCUGUCGUCUAGGAGCUUCCCAGCACCCACGGCUGCCACUGCAUCCUUAUAAACCUGUCAACACGCAAUAGGGUGUAUGUGUACAAGGAAAUGAAUGACUAAUACCAUUAUUUGAGUCUUAUGUGAAGACAACACUAUUCUAACACAAGAGAUAGUAUACAUGGUACUGUUUAUUCAACUGUGGAAAAAAAUAAAAUUGAACAUUUCCCUUAGAACUCGAGAUCAGAGCAUAAUGCAGUUGCCCAGAGGCAGAAGAAGUCUGAUCAUGUUACUGGAGGUUAAAAUAACAACUAAUUAACAAAAAGCGUUAGAAAAAGAAGGGAAACUUUAAAAAUUUAAUAAUAUUGAGGAAAACAAGUCAGCAUUGGUUCAGUUAUACAUUUUUUUCGUAGUGUAGUUUUAAGUUCAGCUUACUGUUUUUUAAAUAAUGCUUGAAUAUUUUAAAAUUAACCAAUGACAGUGCUGUGAGAAUUGUAGUUGUUGUCUUCAUAUAUAGUCAUACAGCUUAUCUUUCUAUGCAGACAUUAUGCAUUCUUCAUUCUAUAUGAAUAUGUAUGACUUUAAGAUGCACUACUCAGAGUUGUAUGCAAACAGAAGUUUAAAUCAUGACAAGUAUUUGCUUAACAUGAACAGAUGUUAGUUAUGAUCAGUCUUGAUAUACUCCAGGAAAAAAGCAGAUAUGGUAUCUGAUUUUCCUUGCCAUAACCGAUUAAAGAGGCGUCUUGCCUCCGGGCAACAUUUUCCCCUUCAAUUCUGCUCUCUGUUGUGUGAAGCACAUCUUCACCCCAUUCUGUGUGUUGUAUCAACCCACCGUUUGCAUCAACUGAGUGUUUUUAAUCUCUGCAUUCGGACCAACAGCAAAAAGUAGGACUGCAAUGUUAUCAAGCCAAGGAUGGAAAACUCUUGAUGUAAAGAUCAUUCUUUUGUGAAAGCAGUGGCAGCAGAGAUAAGACCUGUGGCUGCUCUGUACCGGCAUAUUUCUUUUAAGUGUGUGGCCAAAUGCAGUAAAACCACAUCAGUUCAUGUGUA